AUUUUUUCAAAUGCUACCAGUUAAUGCGUACAAGAGAGUAAAUAAGAGCUCGAGGAAUAUUAAAUAACUAAAAUGCAACUACUCAAUGCGACAGUAACUUUAGUUAUAAUUGUUAUUAUGCAUAAGACUGUCGAUUCUAAAAUGACUAUUGACCAAAUCAAAAAUACCAUGAAACCGUAUAAAAACAAAUGUUUAAGAGUCACAGGUGUAGAUCCAGACAUCGUUGAAGGGACUAAAUCCGGGAACUUUCCCAGCGAUCCAAAGCUAAUGUGUUUUACAAAAUGCAUAUAUAACAUGAUGAAAGUUAUAAAAAAUGAUGAUCUUUCACUAAAAGAAAUUUUCAAAACAGUUGAUUUGAUGGUGCCAGAUGAAUAUGUGCCACAAAUGAAGAAAAUAAUUGAAGAUUGUCUUGGAAAGGCUAAUACUAAAACAUCAGAUUUGUGUGAAAAAAGUUGGUUACUAUCCAAGUGCUUCUACGAAUCAGACAGUUCGCUUUAUUUCUUUCCAUAACGUGGGUUUUCGAGGCAUCGAUCAAGAUGAACGCUUUACCGCUACAACUGCUAUUGUGAAUUAAGAUUCACUCAGCCAUUUACUGCUUCUUUUGUGGAAGCUUUGAGUCAGGAUUAUUUUAUCACUUUUGAUUCUUAAAUCAAUCAAUGAGUUUGAUCGCACAGGUGAAAAAUUUGUUAUUUUCUGUAUGUGUGUAAUGAAUCUGUUUGUCAAUUCAUUAAUUCUCGUCAUUUUUACAUUGUUCACGAUAUCUUAGCAAAUCUGUAUUUUCGUUUUCCGACAUUUGUAUGGUUUACUAUUUCAAUAACAACAGAACAUUUUGGUGCGAUGCGAACGAAUGUUUUACUACGAUUAUAAACAUACGAUUAUAAAUGUUAAUUUACAUUUUGCAUAUAAUUUUAGUGGUUUUAUUUUU